UGUCAAACCUACUGCUUGAUGAUGAUUGCUUGCUGAUGUAGGAGUGUGUGCGUGUGUGUGUGUGUUUGCUUUGUGCUCUUUAUACAUUGAGCAGGGAAGGGAACGAUCAUAACAGAUUGAAAAUUGGAUUCCCCAGCAAGAAGGCUCAGAAGCAACAACGGUCUGUGAUUAAUCGUUUACAUUUCGUUCGAUAUUUCGUCGCACAGCAUUACGCGUGCGUGUGUGCAUAGCGGGUUGUGUAAAGACUGCAUGUGAGGAAGAGUGUGUGUGUUAUUUUGCGUCUCUUCUCUCCUACGGUUAGCAUUCCAUUAGCGCAGGGCCUUGAAGAAGAAGAAAAACAACAAACGCAUCCAGCAAACAAUUCGGUGGUGGAAGAGGCCUGAGGAAAACAAAACCAACCUGGAACAGUGCUAAGCUAACCAGACAGCCCCCGCAUCACCAGAACAACAGUGCCUGCCUUUGCGGAAUCAAACGGUCCGAUUGUUAAGUGCUGCUGCGAGCAGACGAGCUUACCCCCAAGCACACCCACGUCACAGCCAACCGGGCCGAGAUGGUGAAACUGUACGCCCUGAGCGUGUUCUACAAGGCGCCGACCGAGGCACGGCUCCUGAAGACGGCCUACGAUCUGCAGAGCUUCUCCUUCUUCCAGCGCGGCUCGGUCCAGGAAUUCAUCAGCUUCGCCAGCAAGACGCUCGUCGAGCGAACGCAGGCCGCCACCCGGCAGUCGGUCAAGCAGGACGUGUACAUGUGCCACGUGUACGUGCGGGCGGACAACCUGGCCGCGGUGCUGAUAGCGGACCACGAGUACCCGCAGCGCGUCGGCCAUACGCUGCUCACCAAGGUGCUGGACGAUUUCGCCGCGAAGGUCGGACCGGAACAGUGGCCGGUGGCGACGAGCGAGGCCGCGAUACAGUUCGGCACGCUGCCGGCCACGCUCAGCAAGUAUCAGGACCCGCGGGAAGCGGACGCGCUCACCCGCAUGCAGGAGGAUCUGGACGAGACGAAGAUCAUACUGCGCAACACGAUCGAGUCCGUGCUGGAGCGGGGCGAAAAGCUGGACGAUCUGGUGUACAAGUCCGAGUCGCUCUCGAUACAGAGCAAAGCGUUCUACAAGACGGCGAAGAAGACGAACUCGUGCUGCAACUUUGCCUAAGGGCGCUCGACCGGACCGGGCCAUUUUGCUGCGCGCCGUACUUACUGUCGUUUUUGCGUGCCCGGCGCGCGAAAGGCGCGCGCUUGCGAUCAAACCCACCUGUGCAUGCUUGUAUGUGCGUGUGUCUGUAUGUUGAUAGCCGGGGGGGGAGGGGGAGGGAGAGGGAAAGCAAAAGCCCCAGCGGCUCUAGGGACAAGCGGAAGCGGUCAGCGCAUUUAGGCCUCUUUUGCCAACAGAGGCGAAUGGGUUGGUUUUUGCUCGUUUUUAAAUCUCUCCAACCGUUUAGCUACUUAUUUUAACGACACAUGCACAGGCAGCAGCUGCAGGUGCUGGAGAGCCGUUCACGAUAACGAUUUUACGACGCUACUUCGGUGCUUUCGGUCUUGCUUACUCUGUUGUGGGCUGGGACUGUAAAAGCACACUAAAGAUUUCCUUCGACAUGUCCGCAGCAGCAGCAGCAGUGUCGCGCAUUGGUCCACGUGUAUUAUAGUGCUGUGUGCCCGGGUGCCAGCCCCCGGGAUUGUGCUGCUACGCGCAUCACACGGAAGAGGCAUUCUUCUCCCUCACUUUAAUUUUUAGUUGUGCCAUUUUUGGUACCACGGCAAAACGGCGCCCGUUUCACUAUUCCCAAACCAAAUGUAAAUUAAACCAAUGCAAGCGCUUUAGCGUAUGCGAUGCAUUAAAAGCAUCUAACAAAAACCCGGCACACUCACACGCGCGCACGCGCUAAUCAUGAAGGCGAAGCAUUUUACAGCCGGUGAAAUUUAAUUUUUAAUUUUUUUCCACAUAAUUGUGACACACCUCCUGUGACAAAACGGACAGGGCAAUAACGCAGGAGCGGGAGGAGAUUUAGACAGGGCCCAGCCGGUGACCGCAGGCCUAAUAGACGCUAAAAAAAACCUUUACGGAGACGGAUCCGACCGACCGAACGAAGGAGACGAGGCAAAACGGGUCGUCCACAACGCUCCCCACCCAUCCCACUAUGUUAGUAAUCGAUGUUGAUACACGGUGUGUUGAGCUGUUAUUAUAUACCCCUAUAAACAUGUAACGGGCAACACUAUUACACUUUAAAUAUUCAAUAAUUCGCAAGCAUAAUGCGUAAAUAAACAUGGAAGAAAAAACACGCAAACGGUACUCCUUUUCCCGCGAAGGAGGAUCGAAUGCUAUAUCAA